GAUGGCAUAUCUUGAAGUUGGAAGUUCGAUGGAUAGUGAUUUUUUAGAACUGUCAGAAGCAUAUUGCGUGUACGAGUCUAUAUCAAAAUAACCGGCUUUAAAUUUUUUCCCAAAUCUUAUUCGAUUCUGUUUCAAAACUCCAGUAAAAAAAUCUGCCAUGUAGAUAUGAAUAACCGAGCUAAAAUGAGCGGUACCAGUCAAUUAUCUAGUGCUAAUAAAAUGUUCAAAGAAAUGCUUGAGGAUGACGACGAUUUUACAUCUCCCGCAGGGUCCAAUCUGGCUGCAAUUUUUAACACCUCACAAAACACUCAAGAAAAUGCUCGUAAUUCACCAUCGCGGCUUGCGUCUGUGAAACAGUCCAUCAGUGAUCAGAGUCAAUCUAAAAAAGAAGUUAUACUUGCAAAGGCUGUCUAUGCAUUUAAAUUACAAAAUGGACAAUAUGUAUCGAUUGGAAAAGUUGGCAUAGCGCUGACAGGAAACGUCCUGGCUAAACAGUAUGAUAUUAUUCUGUACAAAGGUACCCAGAACUACUUAUCUGUGGCUGCUAUCACACCUGACUUCAUCUACACCGUACAAGACCACAAUUAUGCGUCAUAUUACGAUACCAACAAAAAUAAUUGGUCAAUUUUGUUUGGGAAUAAAGAAUCGAGUAUUCAAUUUGCAAGGGAGGUUUGCCUCUCUACAUAUUUUUCCAGACCUGUUAGAAUAGAUAAUAACGUUAUAUAUCAGGAUCUUAACGCACCUAUGGAGGUCACCAGCAUUGCCAAAGAAGGUGAUGGUAUCUCAAUGAAAUACAUCACAAGUGUAGAUAUGGCCCAGCCAUUGAAAAUGGACAUGAAUUUGAAACAAACUAUAACUUUGGAAAUUUCUAAGGAUGACAACUGGGAAAGAUUACUUAUUGGGACAAGCAUCGGAUUGAGAAGAAUGAUAAUUUUACCGUCAAGUAAACAGAUUGGUUUAGGACCUAGUUUUCCGAAAGAUAAGGAAAUAAUUAUGGAGAUAGAAGUUGUGUCAAUAGUUGCCAAAGCAGAACCACUACUUCAGACUACAAAGACCCCGGAUGUCAGUCAAAAAGCAACAAUAAUAUCACGCAUGGCUAAGAUGGGACAGUCUAUACUUCCUAAAUUACCAACAUCUACUACCACCGAUUCUGAAGAUACAGAGGAAGAAGUAUUUCAUAAGACAACCAGGCACAAAAGAGUUGAAUCAACAGAGUCGACGUUACCAGUAAAACACUCUUAUUCUAAGCCGUCAUUGGAUGCUCCAACACAAAAAAAAAUUUUGAACCGAGGAGAAUUAAUGUCUUCAACUCUUUCAAUAGCGACACAAAGACCAGUCAUGUCUGCGUCUACUUUUGCGACUCAGUGGACACCUAGUCAAAUUCAGCAACAAUAUGUGUCUAUUGAUGGUCAACUAUUACCAGUUCAGCAACAAACUAUUGCUCAACCAAUUCCUCCAUCAAUGGAUCCUAGUCUGAACGUUUUUUUAUCAGAAACCCGGACACAGAACACUGAGCUAAGAAUGGGAUUAGCUAAGAUUGGUGAUAACGUUCAGAAGCUUCUUGAUAAGUUCCAUGUUCUCGAACUUCAACAAGCAUCGACUCCAGCAACUGAUAAGUCACUGGAGGCAACUUUAAAAAUGUUGAUAGACAUAAAUAGAAGCAAAGAGAACGUUGAAUGUAAAGAACGUGAUGUACAGUCUACAUCACAAACAGAGGGAACUCAAAGGAAUCGAAAUUUAAUUACAACAACCGAGCAACUGAACUCGAAACUAAACACUCUAGAAGAUGAACUGAAACAGGCAACCGAAUUAUUGAACGACAAAUCAUUACGCAUCACCGAAUUGAAUCGUGAUAACGAUGUUUUGAAGCAAACUAACUCUGCAUUAAAGAAUCGUAUUGAAGAGUUAGAAAAGGAUUUGAUAUCAUCUCAAAGUAAAGUUGCAACGUUAUCUGACAAAUGUGAACGAUUUAAAGAUGCAGAGAGUAAAUACCAAGCAAAGAAUUCAGAGUUGGAGAAUUUCGUAACAGAAUUAACAUCGAAAUGCAAAGGGUUGGAGGAGAACAUGUGGAAAUCUGAGACCAACAAUUGGGUCGACAAAUCCAAAGAGCUCAAAGAGAUAAUGACCGAAAUGCUGGAAGAAUUGUACAGUUGCUUUACAGAGGAUCAAUAUGCGACUGAUCAUGUCAAGUCGGUGAUAUAUAAGACAAUGAAGAGCAUUACAUUAAGGAUAGUGCGUGAGGAGGAAGAGAAAAAAAAAGAAAAGGUGAAGAGCAAAAAAGACACUGAUGCGCCAGUAUCGAAAUCUGACAUCAGUGGGACUUUCAAAGAGAAUGAGCCCGACACAAAAUUUGCAAGAAAUGAUAAUAAUUAUAAGGAUUCAGAGGAAUUAUCUCUACCAGCAAUAUCAAGUGACAGUGUAAAUUUUUCUCCAACCCAUAUCAAUACUGUUUCAGAAUCUGGGACGGAAUCACCGCCUGUACCAAAGUUUGACGCGGAAGCAAUAUACCAGUGAAAAACAUACUCCGUGAAAAUUAUCAACGCGUUUUGUCGAAAAAUGUGAUAUCGAUUUUAAACAUUGUAAUAUCUGCGUUGAUAGAAAUACUGUAUUUUUCUCAUUACAUGUACACAUAGUUUAUCACAAGGUAUUAAAUAUUAUUAUAUUAAGAGGUUUAUCACAAGAUAUUAAAUAUUAUUAUGUCAACAAUGAAAUAAUGUAUGGAUAAAAAAUAACUGUAAAUUCAGCAAUAAAAAAAUUUAAACUUGUAUAUUAUACAACAACACGAGCUAUUGAAAUGCAUGUCGUUUUUUUCAGUCUCAUUUUCAAAUAUUCAUCAGCAGGUAACCAAAUUUCGGAUUUCAAUAACAUAUAUCGCUAAUCACAAAGACCUUUGUUUAAGCGGUAUUUUCGUUAGUUA